UAUAUGGCAACCUUCACCGAAACAACGUGUACAUAUCACUAUUCUUUUCUUCAUUUUACCUUCAAAUCUCACAAAAAUAAUAAUUUCGUGCCUUAUACGAUACCAACUAAAAUCAUUUCAAUCAUAUUUCAUUACACUCGUAAAUUUCAUAAUUCAUACAAAAAAAAUCAUUAAAAUCAAAUAUUAAUGGAUGGUAUCUUGUUAAAAACCGGGUUCAUCGGAAUAACAACUCCGAUCACCGGCGGCGAGAUUCGCAAAACCCCAUCUCAAAUCGCCACCGUCGUCAGCCGUACGCCGCCGACAGCCACCGCUAUUUCAUCGGAGAAACCCACAGUGUCCGGUCCCUGGGGGUUCUCGUUAAAACUCCCGUUCACUUCUUUCUUCGUCGGUAACAGAAACCGUCACGAUGCGUUGGCUGUAGACGACGCCGUUUCGGUUGACAGAAAAGACGAAACAAUUGAAGAAGUUAGAAAUUCUCUGGAGAGUGGGUUGAAUAUUGAAGAUGGGGUUGAACAAGAGUGUGAUGCGUGUAGGGUUGAUGAUGAUGAUGAUGUUCGAAUUGAGUUCGAUAAAAGCUCGUUUUCGAAAUUGUUAAGAAGGGUUUCUUUAGCUGAAGCAAGGGUGUAUUCUCAAAUGUCUUAUUUGGGGACAUUAGCUUACUCCAUACCUCAAAUAAAGCCGGGGAAUCUUUUAAAACAUUACAGACUCCGUUUUGUUACGUCGUCGCUAGAGAAGAAAGCGCAGCUAGCUGCAAAGGCGGAAAAGGAGAAGCAACAAGAACAAGAACAAGAAUUCGACCCGAAGAAGAAAGAAGACGAAACAUUGAAAGACGGGAAAGAUAUAGUCACAGAAGUAGAACAACAAGAAACCGAACAGACCUGUGAAAGCGAUGAGGAUAAGGGAGGAAGGAAUCUGAUAAGUGCAUCCACAGCUUAUCAUAUCGCAGCCUCGGCUGCUUCGUUUCUGCAUUCGCAAACAAAGAGCAUUGUUCCUUUCAAGUCUUCCGAAAACAAUAGUGAAGUUAAUAUGACAGAAGCAGAGGUUGCUUCGUUAAUGGCAACAACCGACUCGAUGACUGCUGUGGUUGCUGCUAAAGAAGAAGUCAAACAAGCUGUUGCAGAUGAUUUAAACUCGAUGCAUUCAUCCCCUUGUGAAUGGUUCAUAUGUGAUGACGAUGAAAGUACUAGAUACUUUGUCAUUCAGGGGUCUGAAUCACUUGCAUCAUGGCAAGCUAAUCUUCUUUUCGAGCCCGUUCAGUUUGAGGGUAUGGAUGUAAUUGUGCAUCGGGGUAUAUACGAGGCUGCAAAGGGUAUGUACGACCAAAUGCUGCCUGAGAUUCUUGCACAUAUUCAACAUCACGGUGAUCGUGCGAAACUUCGGUUCACCGGCCAUUCACUCGGUGGAAGCUUAUCGUUACUCUUAAAUCUCAUGUUGCUAAUAAGAGGACAAGUUCCUCGUAGUUCAUUACUUCCCGUUAUAACAUUCGGUGCACCCUCGGUUAUGUGCGGUGGUGAUCGUUUGCUUCAUAAACUCGGGUUACCGAAAAGUCAUCUUCAAGCAAUCACAAUGCACCGCGACAUCGUUCCCCGAGCCUUUUCUUGUAAAUAUCCUAGCCGUGUAGCUGAGCUUCUUAAAGCGGUUAAUGGGAAAUUCCGAAAUCACCCCUGCCUUGAUAACCAGAAUUUAUUGUAUGCUCCAAUGGGAGAAUUCUUGAUUCUACAGCCCGAUGCAAAAUUUUCACCGAGCCAUGAUCUUCUUCCUUCGGGUAGCGGUCUAUACGUUUUGACCUCGUCAGUAUCUGAUAUGAUCGAAGCAGAUAAACAAACGCGGGCCGCACAGUCUGUGUUCUUGAACACACCACACCCGUUAGAGAUCUUAACCGACCGGUCAGCAUACGGUUCAGGUGGUACAAUCCAGCGCGACCAUGACAUGGCAUCAUACAUGGUGUCAGUUCAAAGCGUGAUCCGUCAAGAGCUGAACCACGCAAGAAAAGCCCGACGGGAACUUCGUCGACGGGCUUGGUGGCCGCUGGUUGCACGAAGCGGUAAUGGCGGGGUUGGUAUGAGGUCAGGUCAAGGUCAAAGUCAAAGUCGGGUCAAAUUCACAAGAGUGUUACAGACAGGAAGUGAGUCUUUGAAAAGGUUCACAAGGCUGGUUGCUUCUGAUCAUAUGAGUUUGCUUGUAAUAGUGUUGCUCCCUGCAAGAUUGUUUCUUGUUGAGGCAUAUAAUGUAAUUGGAUCCAUUUAGGUACAUGGUUGUAAAAGUCGCUAGUCGCUCCCUAUUCGGAUUUGAGAGUACUCGGGACUACUCGGGAAGUACUCGGCCUAGGCGGAGAUUACUCGGGGAGUAAUUAGCCUAGGCAAAGAGUACUCGGCCCUCGGCAGCCUACCUUGUAGCGAGUACUCGGAGCCUAGGCGGGACUUUUACAACAAUGUUUAGGUAUGGGUAAAAUUGUAAAAGUGUAAAAGUGUAAUAGAACAUUCUUUAUUGUUUGAACUUGUCAUACAUGAAAAUAUGAUGAAUGUAGAAAAAGAAAAGGUAAGUACCAAUAGUUGAUUAAUUGAUGUGUGUUAUUUGGUCGUA